GGCGGGGCGGGAGCGCUGAGGGGCGGCCGCGUUGGGUCGCUCGGUUCCGCUGCUCCGCUCGCCCCGGGACUCUGCGCGCCCGUGCCCGCUGUCUGAGAGCACUUAUCGGACCGGACAGGCAGGAACGACCCUGGCUUUCCAGGUGGCUCCAUCAUGGAUGAAACUGUGGCUGAGUAUAUCCGCAGAACUGUGCUAAAAAUCCCUCGGGAUGAAAUCAAGAUGAUGCUGCAGAAAUGGGACUUUCUCUCUGAGGCACAGCUGCAGACUGUCAACUUCCAUCAGAUAAAGGAUAACAUUUCUCAAGAAGUUGUUCAACUCUGUGAGGAAAAUUCUGCAGACAUAAAGCAAGCAGCUGUUCUAGACAUAAUUUACAACCACAUCUACCAAAACAAAAGAAUGUGGAGUGUUUACCAGAUGAGAAAAACAGGAGAAGAAGUGGAAUAUUUUGACUUAACAGAUUUCAAAAAGAAAUUUAAAAGGAGACUUCGGUCAGCCUUGAAAAACGUCACCAUCACCUUCAGGGAAUAUGAGGAUAAUGCCAUCUGGAUUAGGGUUGCCUGGGGAACCCCCUACAGACAACCCAACCAGUACAAGCCCAGCUAUGUCGUGUACCAUUCCCAGACUCCCUACGUCUUCAUUUCGGCCUCGGUGCUCAAGAGCAACUUGCCUCUGCUGUGCCAGGCCCUGAUUGUUGCUUCCAAUUACCAUGAGAUCCGUGAAAUGGAGCUUCGAAGUCAUUCUUUAGACUCCCUUAAAGAUAUUGUGUUUAAGAGAUAUAGCCAGAACUUCCAAACUUAUUGUCCAAAACCUGUACAAGGAAGGACUGUAGAACCAGAAAGUGUGGAUUUGAGGAUAAUUCAUGAAAACAAAAGUGAGAAAGAAAGAAUCCAGAGACUGAACCAGGAAGCUUUUGGUAAUGGUCCCCAACCAAUACUCCAAUUUGCACAAUAUAAGCUUGAGACAAUGUUUAAAAGUAGUCCUGAAAUGGAUGUUUUGGAUAAAAAAGAACCGUUCAGAUGUCUGGUCAAGUUUUCUAGUCCACAUCUUUUAGAAUCACUGAAAUCCUUGGCACCAGCAGGUAUGGCUGAUGCACCACUUUCACCACUCCUUACAUGUAUAACACAGAAAGCUAGGAAUUAUUUUAGAAUAAGAGAGAAAAAAGGUUUAUUUCCAGACAGUUUUGUAAGCCCUUAAACUGGUUCAUAGAGAAAAAUGUAAUUUGUUUUUUACUGCUAUUAAUCUAAAUCAUCAUAAACUUUAAAACAGACUUAAGGAAAACAAUUUAUUCGUCAGUAACACCUUAAAUUUUUUUCCAACUUAUGGCUUCUUUGAAUUAUUCUCCCCACAGUUGUCUUUAACAGAAAUCAGCCCUUUCCUUGACUAAUAAAAAAAGUCAAUUGCAAAGUUUAAA